GAUAUGGAGAGAAAAUAACUCAAGAGAGCAGUGAGUGAUUUUGUGCUCAUCAUCAUCUGAAGAGACUCGGAGCACCUGGGGCAGGCUCGGCAGAUUAUCCCCGGCAGAUGUGAGCUCUCUCCGUUAUGAGCGCACUUGGCUCUCCGCCCGCCGCCGCCGCCGCCGCCGCCUUCCAGCAGCUCUACUCGGCAAUCAGAGCCGUGUCCAAACGCCGCUCAGCGCAGCAGCCGUCGGGGAUGCGGGAGCAGCCUUAAAGUUAGGCGCCGGAAGGCUGUCAGAGUGCGUUCAAGCUCAAUAUGCACUGGAUGGGAAGAGGCUGUCUGCCGAGUGUUGCUCACCUCCCACUCUGUCCAAAAAAGCCGCUUCUCGUUCCAGCUUUUGAUACAAAAGACUUGAAACCUGGGUCCAAAGUCACAAUUUUUUGGGUUUUACGAGAGCAAGCAAGGUGCGCCCGUCUGUGGGCCCCCUCCGUGCCGCUUUUCCUUCGCAGUUUUACACCAGCUGCAUAAUAUCAGAAAUAGCCUCGCAAAUGUUUUCAAGAUGGAUUACCUGAUUUCAGCACAGUAGGUUUCAUUUGCAUAUUUUAUUCUCUCUCUCUCUCUCUGUUUUUCUUGAAGCAUCCUGGCGUAUUGCCGGCAUAAUGGCUCAUUUGCCGGAGGCCUCAUUAUUCAAAUUAUGUUUUGACAAGACUGCCUUAAUGUGAUCAUUACACUGAUAGCUUUCACGACAAUGCCGUGAUGCCCCGUCUCUCUUAAGAGGACUGCAGCGAAGGUGCGUCUUUCGCGGAGCUGUGCCCGCCGUCAGCAGCGUGGGGGAGCUGAUGGGUCCCGCGCUGGACAACAUGACCCCGGCUUCUCUGACUCAGAACUGCACCAACUGCAGCCAGAUCUUAAUCCCAGAGCUCCGGGUGGUCAAGACUGUGGUUCUAGGGAUGGUCCUGGGUGUGUUCAUCCUGUUCGGAGUGGUUGGAAACAUCCUGGUUAUCCUCUCCGUGGUUUGCCAUCGACACCUGCGGACGGUCACGCAUUAUUUCAUCGUCAACCUGGCGGUGGCGGACCUGCUGCUCAGCUCCACCGUGCUGCCGUUCUCGGCCAUCUUUGAGAUCCUGGACCGCUGGGUGUUUGGACGGGCCUUUUGCAACGUCUGGGCGGCCGUGGACGUGCUCUGCUGCACGGCCUCCAUCAUGAGCCUCUGCGUGAUUUCCGUGGACCGCUACAUUGGAGUCAGUUAUCCCCUGCGCUACCCGUCCAUCAUGACGAAGCGCAGGGCCCUGCUGGCGGUGAUGCUGCUGUGGAUGUUCUCCGUCAUCAUAUCCAUCGGGCCGCUGUUCGGCUGGAAGGAACCGGCCCCGGAGGACGAGUCCGUCUGCAAGAUCACAGAGGAGCCGGGAUACGCCAUCUUCUCAGCCGUCUGCUCCUUCUACCUCCCUCUGGCCAUCAUACUGGUCAUGUACUGCCGGGUCUACGUUGUAGCUCACAGAGAGAGCCAGGGCCUGAGGGAGGGCCACAAGACGGAGAAGUCGGACUCGGAGCAGGUGAUUCUGAGGAUCCACCGGGGGAACACCACGGCGCUGGAGGAGGAGUCCCUGCGCAGCCGCACGCAUUUCGCCUUGCGGCUACUCAAGUUCUCACGCGAGAAGAAAGCUGCGAAGACGCUGGGCAUUGUGGUCGGCUGCUUUGUGUUGUGCUGGCUGCCGUUCUUCCUGGUAUUACCGAUCGGUUCCAUAUUCCCUGCCUACAGGCCUUCGGACACGGUCUUCAAGAUCACCUUCUGGCUCGGCUACUUCAACAGCUGCAUCAACCCCAUCAUCUACCCGUGCUCCAACCAGGAGUUCAAAAAGGCCUUUCAGAGUUUACUUGGAGUUCACUGUUUGAGGAGCACUCCCAGGCUGCACCACCACCAUCUGAGUGCAACUCAGAGUCAAACUCAAGGUCAAAGCCUGGGCCUCGCUCUGAGCCCUGACGGCAGGGGGGCUCCCUGCAGACUCAGCCCCUCCUCGUCCGUGGCCCUUUCCAGGACACCUUCCUCCAGGGACAGCAGGGAAUGGAAAGUCUUUUCCAUGGGCCCCAUCGGCGGCGGGGAAGGCCGGGCCGAUACGAGCAGAGCCAAGGUGGCAAAACUGUGCAACAAAAGCCUCCGCCAAACAUGCUGCUGCAUCCUCAGUCCUGGGACUCCCCCGCCAGAGCCCCCUGUUGUUGGAGACCUUCCUACUAUUAAAAUCCACCAGCUAUCCCUGUCGGAAAAAGGAGAGCCUGUAUAGCCUCUGUUAGCAUUCAUGCACUGUUCGUGACUCUUGUUUAAAGGCGAAGACCAGCCUGCGUUUUAUUUGAAUACUGCUGCUGCUUUGAAACCCAAAUUUACCUCAACUUUAAUAUUAUCCCUCACCAGACUGACAGAGGCAAAAAGAUGAAGGUAGUUUUCUGUUAAAUCUGUCGAACGUAAGGGAUCCAAAGUUGGUGAGGUGGAGGAGUUUAUUAAAGCAUUCCCAAAUGUUUACAUGCACAUUGGGUAUGAAAAGUCUACACACCCCUGUUAAAAUGUCAGGGUUUCUGAUCUAAAAAUGAGACCAAGAUGAGUCAUUUCAGAAGGUUUUCCCCUUCAAUACAACCGAUAACCUAUACAAUUGAGAUUAUAAAUAAAUAAAUGAAUUAAUCUUUUACAGUGGAAAAAUAAAAAAUAAAAUAAUAACAAAGUGUAAUACGUGUGCACACCCGCUUAUUGCUAUCCACGUGUUCAUUUUCUGUAUUAAGACCUACAUUCAAACUCGUGUUAAAUAGGCAUCGGUACACGCCUGUCAUCAUUUAAAGUGCCAAACCCAACACAGCUGACUGGUUCUAGAAAAUGUUUCCUCACAUUGUUUUUAGUUGCUUCAUACAGCAAAAAGUCACGGUCUGUCAAGAGUUUCCAAAGCAUCAGCGGGAACUAAUUGCUGAAAGGCAUCAGUCAGGAGAAGACUAUCAAUAAAUUUCCAAUUGAUUAAACAUACCAUGAAACACAGGGAAGACAGCUGUCAUCAAGUAAAGAAACUGUAGGGCAUGAGUGGCAUUAAUGAGAGCAGGACAUCCAUGCAAGAUCAAUGAAACAAUUACGAGAAGAUUGGUUAUGGAGACAGCAACCAUAAAGGAGCUGCAGGAAUUUUACUGUAAGUACCAGCAGGCAAGAUUAUGUUGCCAAGUUACAACAUAAUCCUGCCAAGAUAUGUUGUAACUUGGGAGAACGGGAGACAUUUCUUACAAAGAUGAAACACCAUAGCCAUGCUAAAUUGAGCAAAAUCGCAUUAAAGCAACCCCUCCCACCCCCCCUUAUUAAACUAUGUUUUGUGACCACAGUCUCUGCAAAAACAAAAAAAUAUAAUUUAAUUAAAAGAACUCAAUAUCCAGCAGGGAAACACUGAGCCAGCUGCAUCACUACUAGUUAAACUCGUCCAGCUUCUAUUAGAACGCUGAAGACAAAUAAGAACUUCAUCGUCCACCACAGAAAUGACCCAACAAAUGCAUCCAAACAAAGGAAUGGCUUCACGAGAAGAAAAUAGUAGUUUUGAAAUUACCAAUGCAUUGACCUAAACCAAAAAGAGAAUCUGUGGACUGAUCUGAAGAGGGCUGUGUACAAGAGGCACCCUUACAAUCAGUUGUAAGGGACUUCUGCAGCCCCACCCCAUAAUCUCUAUAAAAAUGUAGUUGUACAAAAGGUUGAUGAUUUCAGAAAUUAUUAAUCAUGAUCUAAAUGGUUUAGCAUUACAAAAAUCUAACAUUUUCGCAGCGGUGUCUGGACGUUUUCUAUCUGAUGUAUUUUACAUUAUAGGACAGAGGUUUAAAUGUAUAAACCUGUAAAUACGAAAGCUUAAUCUACUGCAUGAUCUCAAAGGACAUAUUUAAAAAAAAAAUUCUGGUGCUCCUGAUGUUUCCAAAGUUUUCCUGAAGCUGUUCAUCUUGUGAAAAUGUUCGUGUCCGAAGCACAAGCCGAGGAACCUCACAUGCUUCCGCGUCACUUCCAAUAAAUUCCUAUGACAUGUUCCCAAAGGGGGGGACUUCUGAGGACGUUUCUGAGCUUCUGUUGCUUGUUGUUUUUUCUGCUUUGUUUCGUUUUGUGGGUUGAUUUACUGCACGAUUUGUCUCUUUAGUUUUUCCACCACGUUCCCACAGUGUCAUGAACCUCGUGAACAGUGCCAGAUGGAUCUCUUAAUAUACUGCUCAGGAAUUUUAACUGACCUUGUGGUUGCUGGCCUCCAUCCUGACCAACCUCAAGCCUCUUAAAAAAAAAAAAA